AUGACCGAUAAUGCAUGUGGAGGGACUUUUGAGAGUUUGAAUGCGCUCCGCCUCGCUGACCCCAUCUCGCCGCUUACUGCCUCUUUCCAAUCUCCUGCAUCUGUCAGACUCUCUUCAAUAUCAUGGCUACGGCUCACCAACCCCCCUCAGGAGAGGGUGCAGUUGCCUCCACCAUCCCGGAGUAACUCGAAUGAUGAAGGGCAAGGCUACCCAGCGUCGGAGCAACAACAGCAACAGCAACAUGUGGUGGGUCCUUAUGGGCAAUUAGGGCAGCAAGGAUCGCAAGGUCAGCAAGAAGGUGGAUAUAAACCGGCACAAAAUGAUCCAGGUUGGACGCAACGGGUAUUGGAGGAGAUGAAAGACCUGUUUCUCUUACUCAACGCCCAGGGCCAGAUCACCUAUGCAUCACCAUCGGCAAAGUGGAUCACCGGUCGCAUUCCCAAGCAACUUGAGGGAAGCCUCUUCACCGAUCAUAUCCACGAAGACGACAAGCUUAUUUUUCUACGAGACAUGGACGAUUCGGUUGCAAUGAACAAGCCAUUCCGAACCCAUAUGCGAUUGCAAAAGACCAACAGCACGUAUGGUCUCGUCGAAGCUUUCGGGCACCCCCACAUCGCAAGCCAAACCCAAUCCCAGGAACAGAAUACAACGAGCCAGGAUCGCUGCAUUGGAUUUUUCCUCAUAUGUCGCCCGUUCCCGACGAAGAACUCUCUGCUUCUCGACUCUUUCUUAGAACACAAAAUUGAGAACGCACGUUUGAUGCAGCAAAUUGCCAGGCUCAAGCAGGAAGAAGAUGAAGAAGCAAGCUCAGCCAAACCACCAUACAGCAAGGCCGACCAAGAAAAAUCUUUUGAAAGCGGCGGACAGGGAUCACUGAGCGAUCAGGACUCUACAGACACUGUGGCACCAAAUUCAGACGAUUCCGAUUCAGGCCCAUCAGGGGAUUACUACUCUGACAAUCACCCUCGUGCUGAGGGACUCUCCCACAUCGAUGGGAUCGAGGUUAUGACUGGUCUCUACUAUGGUGACGGUGAAAGAUCGCAGGGCCUCAGCACAGGUCUGCCCCAGGGUCGACUGAUCCAUUGUGAUAUUGACAUCACUACGGCAGCCGAUCAAGCCCGGAAUGUUCAAGAAGGAGAUCGCCGCAAGAGGCUUAAGGCGCAGCAUGUUUGUGGUGACUGUGGCACAGCGGAUUCUCCUGAGUGGAGAAAAGGCCCUGGUGGCCCGAAGACAUUGUGUAAUGCCUGUGGCUUGCGCUGGUCCAAAAAGGAGAAGAAACGCCAGGAGUCUACUUAG